AUGUUUGGGGAGAGGGUGUUGCGAGCAGCGACGGCUCUCGUGCUCAUCGUGGGAUCCUGGGAGGAGGGUGCAUUUUCUGUUCGGAGACGUGGCAAGCUAACCCCAAACCGGCGUGGUGUGCGUUUUCCAGGGUCCCUGGUGAGAACCUUCACUCCGUUUUACUUCCUGGAGGAGCCGCGGGACGUGCUGGCGGUGCGGGGGGCCGCCGUGGUGAUGAACUGCUCGGCCCACUGCGACCCCGCGCCCCGGAUCGAGUGGAAGAAGGACGGGACCUUCCUCAACCUGGUGUCGGACGACCGGCGGCAGCUGCUGCCCGACGGCUCCCUGCUGAUCAGCUCUGUGGUGCACUCCAAGCACAACAAGCCCGACGAGGGCCAUUACCAGUGCGUGGCCACCGUGGACAGCCUGGGCACCAUCGUCAGCAGGACGGCCAAGCUCACCGUGGCAGGCCUGCCCAGGUUCACGAGCCAGCCGGAGCCCACGGCGGUGCCCCGGGGCGGCAGUGCCGUGCUGAGCUGCGACGCCAACGCCGACCUGGCCCCGUUCGUGCGGUGGGAGCAGGACCGGCAGCCGGUGCCGCUGGACCAGCGGGUGCUGCAGUUGCCCAGCGGGGCCCUGGUGAUCAGCAACGCCUCCGACAGCGACCGGGGGCUGUACCGCUGCCUCCUGGAGGGCUCUGCCGGCCCCAAGUACAGCGACGAGGCCGAGCUCACAGUCCUGCCAGAGCCCGAGGAGCCGCAGCCCCUGACGUUCCUGAGGCAGCCGUCGGCCCUGUCCAGGCUGAGCGGGCAGAGCGCCCUGUUCCCCUGCGUCGCCACGGGAUUCCCAACUCCCUCCAUCAGGUGGACAAGAAAUGAGGAAGAGCUCCUCACAGAAGGGUCCGGGCGGUUCCAGCUGCUGGCCGGGGGCUCCCUGGAGAUCCGGGACGUGGGCGAGGGGGACGCCGGGACCUUCACCUGCAUCGCUGAGAGCGGCAACGACACGGCGGCGGCCCAGGCAGAGCUCACGGUGCAAGUUCCCCCCGAGUUCCUGAAGCGACCUGCCAACAUCUACGCUCACGAGUCCAUGGACAUCGUGUUCGAGUGUGAGGUGACCGGGAAACCCACCCCCACCGUGAAGUGGGUCAAGAACGGAGACGUGGUGAUCCCCAGUGACUACUUCAAAAUUGUUAAAGAACAUAACCUGCAAGUUUUGGGUCUGGUGAAGUCUGAUGAAGGAUUCUACCAGUGCAUUGCAGAAAAUGAUGUUGGGAAUGCACAGGCUGGAGCCCAGCUGAUAAUCCUUGACCUUGCACCAGCCACAGCAGGACCCCUGCCCUCGGCCCCGCGGGACGUCGUGGCCACCCUCGUGUCCACCCGCUUCAUCAGGCUCACCUGGAGGCCACCAGUGUCAGACCCUCAGGGGGACAACCUCACCUACUCCAUCUUCUACACCAAGGAAGGGAUCAACAGGGAACGCGUUGAAAAUACGAGUCGUCCUGGAGAGACACAAGUGAUGAUCCAAAACCUGAUGCCAGAGACAGUUUACGUGUUCCGAGUCGUGGCUCAGAACAGGCACGGCCCCGGGGAGAGCUCGGCUCCGCUCAAGGUGGCAACGCAGCCCGAGGUCCAACUGCCCGGCCCGGCUCCCAACAUCCGUGCGUAUUCCGGCUCCCCCACCUCCGUCACCGUCACCUGGGAGACGCCGCUCUCGGGCAACGGGGACAUCCAGAACUACAAACUCUACUACAUGGAGAAGGGGCAGGACACCGAGCAGGACGUGGACGUGGCAGGGCUGUCCCACACGGUCACUGGGCUGAAGAAGUUCACCGAGUACAGCUUCCGGGUGGUCGCCUACAACAAGCACGGCCCCGGCGUCUCCACCCACGACGUUGUCGUCCGCACCCUCUCGGAUGUCCCCAGUGCUCCACCACAGAAUCUGACGCUGGAGGUACGGAAUUCCAAGAGCAUCCUGCUGCAGUGGCAGCCCCCUCCCACAGGGACCCACAGCGGGCAAAUCACCGGCUACAAAAUCCGCUACCGGAAGGUUUCGCGCAAGAGCGACGUCACCGAGAGCGUGGGGGGCACCCAACUGUCCCAGCUCAUCGAGGGGCUGGAGCGAGGCACCGAGUACAGCUUCCGAGUGGCUGCCAUGACCGUGAACGGCACCGGCCCCGCCACCGACUGGGUGUCAGCGGAGACCUUCGAGAGCGACCUGGACGAAACUCGUGUUCCUGAGGUUCCAAGCUCCCUGCACGUCCGUCCCCUGGUCACCAGCAUCGUGGUGAGCUGGACCCCCCCGGAGAACCAGAACGUGGUGGUGAGGGGCUACGCCAUCGGCUACGGCAUCGGCUCCCCCCACGCCCAGACCAUCAAGGUGGACUAUAAACAGAGAUACUACACCAUCGAGAACCUGGACCCGAGCUCCCACUAUGUGAUCACCCUGAAGGCCUUUAACAACGUGGGGGAAGGGAUCCCUCUGUACGAGAGCGCCGUGACCCGGCCCCACUCCGACACUUCCGAGGUUGAUUUGUUUGUUAUUAAUGCUCCAUACACUCCAGUGCCAGACCCGUCUCCCAUGAUGCCCCCGGUGGGAGUUCAGGCUUCCAUCCUGAGCCACGACACCAUCCGGAUCACGUGGGCAGACAACUCUCUGCCCAAGAACCAGAAGAUCACGGACGCUCGGUACUACACAGUGCGCUGGAAAACCAACAUCCCGGCCAACACCAAGUACAAGACUGCCAAUGCCACCACCCUGAGCUAUUUGGUGACGGGGCUGAAGCCCAACACCCUGUACGAGUUCUCGGUGAUGGUGACCAAGGGCCGCAGAUCCAGCACCUGGAGCAUGACAGCACAUGGGACCACCUUUGAACUAGUGCCCACUUCCCCUCCCAAGGACGUGACCGUGGUGAGCAAGGAGGGCAAGCCCCGGACCAUCAUCGUGAACUGGCAGCCCCCCUCCGAGGCCAACGGCAAGAUCACAGGAUACAUCAUCUACUACAGCACCGACGUGAACGCCGAGAUCCACGACUGGGUCAUCGAGCCGGUCGUGGGGAACAGACUGACCCACCAGAUCCAGGAGCUGACCCUGGACACGCCCUAUUACUUCAAAAUCCAGGCCAGGAACUCCAAGGGAAUGGGGCCCAUGUCCGAGGCCGUGCAGUUCAGAACCCCCAAAGCUGAGUCCUCAGAUAAAAUGCCCAAUGACCAAGCUUCGGGAUCUGCAGGGAAGGGAAGUCGCCCCGUGGACUUAGGACCAGACUACAAACCCCCCCUUGGAGGCAGUAACAGUCCCCAUGGAAGUCCUACCUCUCCCCUGGACAGCAACAUGCUCCUGGUGAUCAUCGUGUCCGUGGGGGUGAUCACCAUCGUGGUCGUGGUGAUCGUCGCCGUCUUCUGCACCCGCCGCACGACCUCGCACCAGAAAAAGAAACGUGCUGCCUGCAAAUCAGUGAAUGGCUCCCACAAGUACAAGGGGAACUCCAAAGAUGUCAAGCCUCCUGACCUUUGGAUUCAUCAUGAGAGACUGGAGCUCAAACCCAUUGAUAAGUCUCCAGAUCCCAAUCCCAUCAUGACAGACACCCCAAUCCCUCGCAACUCCCAAGACAUCACCCCAGUUGACAAUUCCAUGGACAGCAAUAUCCACCAGAGGCGGAAUUCCUACAGAGGACACGAGUCCGAGGACAGCAUGUCCACGCUGGCAGGAAGGAGGGGGAUGAGGCCCAAGAUGAUGAUGCCUUUUGAUUCUCAGCCACCUCAGCCUGUGAUUAGUGCUCAUCCCAUCCAUUCACUCGAUAACCCCCACCACCAUUUCCACUCCGGCAGCCUCGCCUCUCCAACCCGCAGCUACCUCCACCACCAGCCCAGCCCCUGGCCCCUGGGCACAGCCUUGUCCCACUCAGACAGGGCCAAUUCCACAGAGUCCGUCCGGAACACGCCCAGCACGGACACGCUGCCGGCGCCCUCGGCCCCGCCGGGCACCGACCACCAGGACCCUGAGGGCUCCACGGGCUCGUACCUGGGCACUGCCCAGGAGGAGGACCCUGCCCAGGGCCUGCCCACUGCCCACGUCCGCCCGUCACACCCGCUCCAAGAGCUUCGCGCUGCCCGCUGGUUCCCCCCGGCCGGGCCUCCUACGACCUGCCCUGCCCAGCACCCCCCUGCUGACCAGCAAGCUCCCACCCACCCUGUUCACUCGGUGAAGACCGCGUCCAUCGGGACCUUGGGAAGGACUCGCCCUCCCAUGCCCGUGGUCGUUCCCAGUGCCCCCGACGUGCAGGAGACCACCCGGAUGCUGGAGGACUCGGAAAGCACCUACGAGCCGGAUGAGCUGACCAAAGAGAUGGCCCACCUGGAAGGACUGAUGAAGGACCUCAAUGCCAUCACCACGGCGUGACCACCUCCCCGGGACGUGACUCCAAACCGCUCCGCAAGUCGUGGGACUCAGCCUUGGAACGCAAGGAAUUGUACAGAGGAAAAAAAAAAAAAAGGAAAAAAAAGAGGAAAAAAAAAAACAAACAACAAACCAGAAAGAGGGACAGCACAUGAGAGCAAUGUGGGAAGGAGAGGAACCAACCAGAGGGGACCUGUGUGUCACUGUCCUGCAGGGAAGUCUUGGCCCUGUGAAUUCCAGUGCCCUGUGGGCCGGGCGGGAUGGGACACACCAGGCUGGACUCCAGACACAAGGAAAGCAAACGGACUCGCCGUUAGUUUUGUUCUGGUCAGGUUUUGUCUCAGUGGUGUGAUUGCCCUGCCUUUUCAGUGUUGGACAUUGGCAUUUAUGUACAAUUUUAUUUGUGUUUUUAUUUUAUCUUUUUUUUAUAAAAAGGAAAAAAAUAUUGUAAUUAAAAAAAAAAAAAGGGAGAAACUGUUGUUUUCCACAGCCUAGGCUGAGGUUUGACUGCUUGUUCUAUUGUGUAUGGAAAUUCAUUGCCAGUGUGGGUUGUUCUGUUUUUGUUUUUUAUUCUGCGUACAAUUACGUCCCCUUCUGGCAGUUAAUCCAUGGCCUUUUGGGAUGCUGCACUGCUCUUUGUAAGCUUUUUUUAUUAUUUUUAUAUUAUAAUUAUUAAAAGCCUGACUUUCUCCUCUCAUCACUGUGAGAUUACCAGUCUGUUUGAAUUGAAAUGUAAUUUGAAAGGCUUGUUUGUCGCUUUUUGUGCAGUUUCAAUAUUUUGAGUGGGGGGAAAAGUAGCUGGGGAAGGGGAGGGGGUCCAGGGGGAGGGGUCAUUCCUGUUGUUUUCAUGUCUUUCUCCAGUGACUGGAAAGACUGAAGAACACGAAGCAUCUUCUGUAACGUCCUUCCUUGUCCCUUUAGCAUCACUGUGUCUCUGGUCACUGAACUGCAGUGAGAGUCUCAUUUAGAAACAUUGCCAGAACUUCCUCCUGUAAAUUGGGGUUCCUUAUGCUUAGAUGACACUACAUGCAGCUUAUUUUGGCAACUGUUUUGUUGUUGUUAGCUAAAGAUGCAUCAUGAACCUUGCAAGUGCAGAGUGAGGGCUCAGCACAGGCCCCAGGGCUGGGGUGGAGCUCCCUGGGCUCCCAGAAGGAGGGAACUGUGGGCCCUUCCAUCCCCACACACCACAUCCUGCCUGUGGGAACGCUCCCUGCCCACAGCAGCACGUCCAGCCCCAGUGCAGUGUCUCCAUCCCAGGCCACUCGAACAAGGGCCAGCUCUGGAGUAUUCCCCAGAGACAGAAACAAGGCAAAAAUGUAUUUUUUUACACUUUGGAAAACCAUGUAAAAAGAAAACCAGUAUUAGUGACUCAGGUGCUGUUCACACAUCUGUCUGGAAAGGAAGGGAAGGUCAAAGGGAAGGACAAGGGUUUUCCUUUUCUCCAUGUGUGAUUGCCUGGCUCUGCCCUUCCCUGGAAACGGGCUGUAGCUCAGUAAAGUAACCAAACCCACCCCCAGGUGCCUGAUGAACUCGUGUGCAAUUCCACUGCCAGAACAAAAGGAAACUCCAACUUACUGCUGGUUCAGAGGGGAAUCUGUUCCUCCUGGGAUUUGGGAUCUCGGGGACAGGCAGGUCCAGGUGUUUUGGGGUCCCUGCUGUGGCUCUGCCAGGGCUGGGCCUGUGGGAGCAGCAGGAGGGAAUGCUGGAACUGCUGCAGCUCCAGUAACAAACAGGAGUUCUGCUGCUUUUACUUUGUUCCCCACUGAACUGAACUAAAGCUUCUGGUCUCCAAGAGAGGGGAGAGCCAUGGAAUCACCUGGAGAGCAGCUGGGAUGGUGCUGUAGUGUCACUUCCUUUCUUUUCCUGGACUCUGUGUUGUCAUUUCUGGGACAUUUCCUGCCUUUAUUUAUUCUUUGAGGGAGGGGAGGGAAUCAAAUUAAUUGGGGCACUGUGGGCCACCUGGAUAACUGAUGUUUAGACUUUUAAUCAGUACAAUUCAGGGCAAAAUAAGCUACAGAAUAUGUGUUGAAAGAAUAAAAAUGCACACCCUGGCCUGGAAGGAGGGUGUGAACCUUUUCCUUUGCCUAUUUUUUACCUGUACCCAAAGAAAUACCAUCCUACAAACACAGUAUUCCUGGCUGGGGGGGGGUCUUUGUGAAUAUUCCUUAUGUAUAACACCAUGAAUGUUAAUAUUGUCAUUGAAUUUGGGGAGGGGGAAUAUUUUUAAUGAUAAAACAACUGUUCAAAGUUGGUUUUUUAAGGUUAAACUGAAAAAAAAAAAGAAAAAACAUUUAUUCAAUUCAGUGUACAAUCUGUAUUGCACUUUUUCACAUUUUAAUGCUACGUUUUCUUACAUAUCCUGUGAUUUUAAAUUUGGAACAUUGUGUAUCCUUGUAGUGUCAUAGUCAAGCUGUUGAGUGACAGCUUCCCUCAGACAUUUGGGGAAAAAAAGAACCAAACCUGUAUAUUGUUUUAUGAUUCUCAUGUAGAAUAAUUUUGAGGGCUGCUGUAGACGUCGACCUUUCUGUACAAUUUUUUUUUGCUUUUCUGUAGUAUUUGCUGUAUCCUCUAUGGCUUUUUUUAAUAACUUCAUGUUUAUUAUUUGGUAUUGGACAUCCAAUACACUUUUUUUAAUCCAAUCAA